CCAAGAUGGCUACCACUUGUUUCAGUAGCGUAUUUUCGUUCGGUUUGACGCGUAUUUCGUAGAAAAGAGCCGCUUUCGGCGCAGCUUUGUGCAACGACGUGCGUGUGACGCGCGUAUCCGCGAGUCGCUCGUCCUGCUCGACGACCUGGUAUCCGGUCUCGUGUUCGGAGAUGAUCCGCGUUUUGCCGUCCCACGAUCGGGAUGCUGCAUGAGUGCGCGAGAGGCGGAGUAAUUGCCCGUCACCAGCCAUGUUCGUCGAGUGUCCUUUUGUUGUGACAAUCGUGAUAUAAUCCUUUCGUGCGACGCGACGCUACGCCGGGCGGGCGAUUUUACGCGCGAAUUGAUCGCGCGUUUCCGGGAGUGUCCUUUUUUUUUUGUGUGUGUGUGUUUUCGGAAACGGUCGUUUCUCGUUUCUCGGCCCCCUCUGUCCCGUCUCGUCCCGCCUCGUCUCGUCUUGCCUCGCUUCAUCUCGUCUCUCGCCUCCGUCUCCACUCGUCCCAUAGGAGAGCUUCUUGUUAACGCUUGCUCGACGCCGCCAAGUAGAUUAAAUGAAAGGUCGGUAGCAAUAGAGGUGAGGCGAGGUGGAGUUCAAAGGAGGGAUGAAUGGAACGGCAGCGCUGCGACGCAGCGUCGGGGCUGGUGCAGGCGCCAUCAGCGGUGGGGUCGUCGAGCCAGCACCUAUUGCCACACUUGUCCUGUACAAGGAUGAUGCUGGAUUUGGAAUGAAAGUUUCUGGCGACAAUCCGGUCUAUGUUCAGUCAGUAAAGGAAGGUGGUGCAGCAGCCAGAGCUGGUCUUCAUGCAGGUGACAAGAUCAUUAAGGUGAAUGGCGUCAAUGUGAUGCAAUCUACGCAUACUGAUGUGGUCCAGCUAAUAAAGUCUUCGACACAAGUGGUACUGACAGUGCAGCAGAAGCCGGUGACAGUGGGCAGUGUAGCUGCGACAGCGGCAACAACGGGUUCUGGUUUGCAACUCGGUACAAAUCAACACCAACCACGUCCGCUCAGCCUGGCGGCGACCGGAAACAUGUCACCCUCGCAACCGGCGACCUCUCUUCAUAGAGCGGCCACCGCGCCAGCAGGCGGCGCGCCGUGUAACACUCGGAUCACGGGUCCGCAGCCAGUCGAUCUCGAGAAGAAGAGGCAGCUGGAAACGCAAAGAGUUCAUACGUUCCAGCUUAUGUUGGAGAAGGAACAGAGUUACGUGGACAAGUUGCGAAGCGAGCUGGCGAAAGCCGGCACUGGUGGUGGCGGUAACGUUUCUUCCAUCCAGAACGAGUUAACAGGCGCCGAGAGAAGAGUACGCACUCUUCAAGAACAGCUCACGGCGAUUAGCGGGACAACCAAUGACCAGACCUCACUAUGCCUACACGCGCCUUCAUUGAGAACCAUUAACCCUACCUCCCCUCAUCUAAUGCAUCCAGGAAUUCGAAUACACGGUGUAACCGGACGAGAGAACAUCAGCUUGAAGACUAUAUCAUUGAAAAGAAAACUUUGCUCGUUGGUAACAAAUACCUCCUCGGGUUAUUAUCCGUCCCCGAACAACGGCAGUGGUGCGGACGUGCCACCUCCACUGCCGUCGCGCAAAUCCUUGUCCAUGCAAAGUCUCUCUCCGCCACCUUUGCCUCCCAGACCUACACCACCUGCCACAAACACGCAAAACACAGCCCAGCAGGAGCUGGAUCGACAACUGCUGACUCACUUAACGUCCUCAACUGCCAGUCACGGUAUUCCUAACUCUUUUUCGCAAGAUGCUAAUCUGAACGCUCUCUCGAAACACCAGCGGACGAAAUCGAGUCCGGAACAGUUGGGAACCACAGUGAUGUCUCCGUCGGAAGCCAGCAGAUGCUUGAUCGCCUCUGAAUCGAUGCACGAUCUGUCGCCUCCGAGACACAUCAGACAUAGCGUAAUCGAUGCUAACGAACUGCCGCGUAUCACACCACCAGGAACACCACCGCCUCCAUAUCCGGCUCCCGUUUUGGGACAGGAUAUCUUUUCGUCUACAUUAAACGACACGGUCGCGACUGAUACCAUUCCUGGACUGCCAGCGUUCCAACAGCCAAUUAUGUCGAUGGAAGAAGACGAUGUCAGCGAUCAGGAAAUUAAUCAAUUAGAGGAUCACGGACCGUUCCAGUCUUUGUCCAGGCUGUGGGGACAUCAUGCGCACCUUGCUGUAUUUAUUAAUUACGUACUAUCUAAUAGUGAUCCUUCUAGCCUGUUAUUUUAUUUAGUAACAGAUUUGUACAAGGAGGGAAAUGCCAAAGAAAUGAGAAAAUGGGCAUACGAGAUUCAUUCUAGUUUUCUAGUACCUGGUGCGCCAUUACGUCUGCAUAACGUAGACGAACAUGUCGCAAACGAAAUAGACGACGUUCUCGUAAAAGAGUCCGAUAAAGAAGAAAUUCUUAGGAAGAUAUUUUGGAAGGCACGUACCAGAGCGAAAGAAGAGUUGAACGAACAGCUGAUAAAGUUUCAAGAAAAAAGAAUCGCGGGAUUGGCCACAAUCUUUGGCCCGAACGACACCUCGCUCGACGAGAGCAUAUCCGACAAAGCGCGUGAAACAAAAAUCAUCGAGACGUACCUUCUGCCUAAAAUGGAUCCUUUUUUAGAGGAUAUAGAGAAAGAUCACGUAGAUUUGCGAUUGUUCACGACUGCCGCUGGCCUAGCUACAAUACUAAUAAAGAUCUUCCAAUUGCGGCCGGUAUGGGCCGAUCGCGUGCCUACUUUUGUCGCGAAAGACAAAUCGAAUAUUAAAGCACGACUGCUUACCGGAAAAACGCGCAAAAUGACGAUCCGAGGACAUCAUUUCGUAGCGCAUCAAUAUUUUACGACUACUUAUUGCAAUCACUGUCAACUCAUUAUUGGGGGUAUCGGUCCUCAAGGAUAUUUAUGCAGUGAUUGUUCCCUAAGCGUGCAUCGUCAGUGCGUUCGUGUGGUAGAAGAAAAUUGUCCGGGUCCUUUGGAAAGAAGAAAGGAAAGAGGCAACGACAGAAUCAGUAAACUGAUGGAGCGUAUCCGACCGGAAAGGAAACCACCAUCGUCUCAUCAUCAUCACUCUCACAAUCACAUAUUGCAUCUCGAAAAACUCAGAAAAAGCGAGGAUGAUUCCGGUGCGCUGACGGAUGGCGAAAACGAUCAACGAGGCAGUUUGGUCGGAAACGCUCGUGGCAGUUGCGAUAGAACACGACUUUCCGGCUUAGGAGGAAGUGGCGAUCAUGCCGAUAACACAGAGAAUCCAUCGUCACGAGAAGAUAUUUCCGAAAUGGUCCAGCAAAAUAUUUCCUGUAAGCCAAAGACGUCAAACAUCAACAGGUCUGAAAGUUACAAGGAGCGGAUACAUCACAAGCGACAACUGAGGGAAAAGAGAAAGACCAGCGAUCCGAAUCCGAAAACGAAAGUCGGUUCCAGCGAUUGCGAGCCCUCCGGUACGUUUCCCGGGAACUCCGCUGGCAGUUCGUCGAACAGCAGCCUGUCGACGAGGAGCCUGGACAGUCCGAGCACCAGUUUAGAGCAGGUGCAUCCCACGACAUCGUCGGCGAACGCGUCAACUUCCUGGGACAGUGAUGUCGACGCCGAAGCUGAUACUCCAGAUUGGAGCCAGGCCGUCGCCGAGGACGUUCUCGCGCAGCUCAGCAAUUCCGAGAAAAAAAGACAGGAAGUUAUUAACGAAUUAUUUCACACCGAACGCUCUCACGUUCGCGCGUUGAAAGUAUUGUCACACGUCUUCCAUAAGCCUCUGCUGGAAUCUCAGGUGUUGCCGUUGGAUCAGAUUCAUCUGCUCUUCUCGAAUCUGGACGAGAUGUUGAUGAUCCAUUCGCGCUUCAACCAAACUAUGAAACGAAAGAAGAAGGAGAACCCGUGCGUGGGCGACGUGGGUGAUCUUCUGUUGGAAAUGUUCGACGGCGAGGCUGGCGAGGUGUUCGAAAGAGCCGCGUCGACCUACUGCGCUAAGCAGCAAGUCGCUCUAGACGCUCUGCGUGAUCGGCGUCGUAAGGAUUCGAAGCUGAAUUCCUUCCUGAACGAGGUGGAGGCUAAUCCGCUUUGCCGUAGGCUUCAAUUGAAGGAUCACAUACUCACCGGUAUGCUGCGGCUUACCAAGUAUCCGCUUCUCUUCGAAAAUCUCGCCAAGUACACUCCGGAGAGUAACGAAAAAGAAAAGGCCGCCGUGCUACGCAGUCUCGAGCGAAGCAAGGAGAUCUUGAGCUGCGUGAAUCAAGCAGUAAAGGAGGCCGAGGAUUACCAACGACUAGUGGAGAUUCAACGAAUGGUCGAUCGAUCAUCUUUUGACAAAUUUGAUCAUCCGAGCGUGCAGGAGUUCAAGAAUCUUGAUAUCACGAAGCGCAAGCUGAUUUACGAGGGACCGUUGCAGUGGCGACGCGCCGAGCCGAAUCGAUCGAUGCCGAAUCGUUCGAUGCCGAAGCCGGUGGAUUUGCAUGUGGUGCUGUUGGACGACAUAAUUUUCCUCCUGCAUCGACAGGAUGAGAAGUACAUGCUUAAAUUCAUGAAUCAGGCGAACCAGUCAGGCAACUCAGUGCUCAGUCCGAUUCUCAGGCUGACGAAUGUGUUGGUGCGUAUUAACGCUGCCGAAAAAGACUCUCUCUACUUGGUCAAUACCGCGGAGCACGGUGCGCAGAUGUACAACUUGAUAGCACCAACUGCCCAAGAUUGCCUGAACUGGUGCAAAUACAUCUCCGAGGCCGUGGAGGCUUCCGCCGCGCGGACUUCCAAAGGCGGCAGAAGACCGACGCCGCCCACUUCGCUUCCGGAGGAACCGGCGGAAACGAUGGAGGACGCGCAGUCUUCCGGAACUGAAAUGGACGACGUCGUCGAGAAGGACCAGUCGCAAGAUCGAGAAUCGAAGGAAUCCGGAAAUCGAAGCACCGCCAGCGCUCAAGAACCCAACGAGGAGACGCCGGAAAACGUUGUUACAGAAACUCCCGCAACGACGGAACAAACACAGCAGCGAUCACCAAUCACGGGCAUAGCAGAACCACUGCGGAUGGUCACGUGUACUCAACUCUCCUUGAUAGACCCAUUAGAGGUUCAUGUUGAGGUACCACCUGUGCAUGUUGCCGAGCCGGUGCUUACACCAAUAGAAUGUUUGAGGCGUAAGGACGAAAUAAUUAAACAGGCUCUGGUAGAGAAGCAGUUAUUGAUGGCGGAUAUAUUAAAUAUUCCGAAGGAAGAUUUUGAGCACGUGGCAGACAUAGCGUCUGAACCAUCCACUGUGAACAAGGAACCUGCCGAACUCAUACUCGCUAUUAUCAGUCAAACGGAUCAGGUGGUGGGGAUGGUGAAUUCCGUAUUGAACGUGAGCGAAACGGAGACAAUAUACGCGUCGCGCGCAGCAUCAGCGGUGUCGUCUCCCGCGUGCGAAGCUACCGGUUGCCCUUCUCAGCGAAGUCAAUCACAACACUCCCAGCAAACGGCAUUGGGGAUGAUGCAACCGAUUUGCAGUUAUCUCACGUCCCAACUUUCUAAGAUGUCACAACUCCUGGAAAUUAUAAAGGAACGAGAGGACGAACGGGAGAAACUACGGAAAGAAUUGCGUAGAAGCAGAGAACGCAUACAUGCACUCGACAGUGACAUGCAGCGUCGUGAAUUCUCGGAAGCAAUAACCAGGACGACUCAUACGCAAACAGCACUCGGCGAUUCUGUGCAUCAAGAUAUUAGCACCGAUUCUACCAGUCGUGACGAAUUCGUCGAUGCUCGUGGAAAAGAAGCUGCGGCUGCAGAUGCGGAAAACCUCGAGAUCGAGGCGGAAACCGAAGUGAUGGGCGACAGUGUCGGUUGAGACAAGAGUAAAACACGUUCCGUCAAUCAUAUUCUUCUUGAUCUGGUGCAUUUCACGAGCGGUGCUGGAACGCUCUCGCAUACCGAGAGAAAUCAAAAUUAUUUGUAAACGGACUGGAAAAAAAAUGGUUGACACAUAUGUUGUAUAUGUGGGAGACGUUGUGGCGUGUAAUUGCUUACCGCAGACGAUAAUACUAUAUACUACAUACAGGUAGAAAAAGUUAUUAGCUGUUUUAUUUAUUUGAUAAUUCUCAUCACAUUUGAUAUAAUGUGCAUUAAUAUUGUUACUUUUUUUCUUAUUUAAUUAAUAGAAAUUAAUGCGCUAAACUGUCUUUACUGUGCAUGCAAACGACGCUUCCCUUUAAAAAUCUCGAUUUGUUUCUCGUUCCUCAAAAUACGAGAGCAUACAUAUCGUCGAGUUUUUGUGCAAUGUAAUUUUCUACGUGUUUUGCAAAAUUUGUAGGUUUACACAAAAGAAGAGUUUGUUUGCUGAUAUAUCGGACAGUACUAUCGGCUUGAAAUAUAAGUUACUAAAUUAUUCGAUGCGUAUACUUCGUAAAUUUGUUUACUAAUAAUUUAUAACAAUUACGGAGAAAGUUAACAAAAACACGUUUUUUUUUUCGUUACACAACUUGUGUUUUCGCGUAAACAAGAAAUUCUUCUCGCAAGUUCCUAUCAAACUAAGAAACAGCUGAUAAUUUUUAUCUCGUUUCUGUAUUUACCAAAAUAUGGAUCACACUGAUUAAUAUCUUUGCCAAAGAUUUUAUGUAAAUGGAUUUACAUAAUCUGCACUAAUCUUUCACAAUCUUAUUUUGUACAUCAUCGUAUUGUUAUAUUUUUACGUACCGAGUCCUGUACAUUAUUAUCAUAAUUAUUUAAGAAUGAUUUAUAUUAAAAAAAAAAGCAAAAUUAUGCGCAAAAGAUCUGUAGGAAUAUGUGCUGCUUUACUAUCAAUUAGUAUUCAUUAGCUUAUUCUCUGAAAAUUUUUCUUCCAAGUGUUUUCGUGCAUAUACAUCAACACAUCUAGUAUAUAAACCUGAAAUUGUUAUUUCAGGUUAUUAUUUAAUCUCAUCAGUAAAAUAUUGAAUUUUGAAAAUUGGACAGCGUGAAUUUUUAAUCUUCCAUACCAAAAUUAUGGAAACCUAGUUGUGAGAUUUUAAAGAGGAGCAAUUGAUUUUAAUUUUUUUGUUUUUUUUGUUUUUGUAACCCUCUUAUAAAGUUGUACAUUAAAAAGACUUGCUGUCUGUAAGUGAUUUUAAGAUAAAGUUUGUUUUUAUAUUUAAUAUAUCGAUACGCGAGAGAGAGAAACGAAAAUCUCUCGAUAGAAGAUAAAACCUCUCUUAGACUCGACGAAGAGAAAUCUCUGGACGUGUCUAUUUAUUAAAUUUCAUGAAAAAGAUCUGUGAAUUUAUAUAUUGCACAAUUUACAGCUGUCAAAAUUUUGAGAACUCCGUUUUCGAACAUAUAAAGAAUUCUGGUAUCUAAGGGAUUUGUAUUCUGAACGCUCACAUUUAAGGACUUUCUACAAUAAGAUAUUAAUCAAUCAGAAGUCAGAAGCAAGAAAUUGACUAAUCACAAUCGAUUAUUCUUCUGUGAUUUGACUUUGAUUGGUCAAUAUUUCUUGCUUCUGACUUCUGAUUUAUUACUAAUAUCUAAUUGUAGAAAGCCCUUUAGAGUUGAUAAUGAUUUAUUUCAAGUUUGACCUCUCGAGAAGAGAACCACGCUUUCUCCCAGCUUGAGAAAUUGCUGAUUUUGCGCUAAAAUGUGUGGUCGGAAUACGAACCGAAGAUUCUACGGAUAUUCUUAGACUUUUUUUUUCUAAACGAUUAAGACAAUAUCCUAGGACACACGAAGAAUCCUGGGAUAGAAAGAUCUAAGAAUCUAAGAAUACAUAAACAUACAAUUUUUUAUGAAGUAGACGGUAGUUUAUGUACUUAAAGUUUUGCUAUGCAUAAAUAUAUACGUAUAAUAUAUAAAUAUAUAUAUGAUAUUUAUGAAUAUUCAUGCGGGAUGUCUCAAAACUGAUAUGUAUCACUAUCGUAUGUAAUCUUUUUUACUUUUGAUGUUUUAUUUGAGGAAUUUGGUUUUUUUUUUUUAACGGUACAACUUUUUAAAAUAAGCGAUAAAGGAGGGAACGAAUCUGAAAUUGUGAAAUUUGCCGAAGGACUCGGAGAAACUUUUGAAGCAAAAGUCUAAAAAAUCAGAUAUUUUAAAAGUUAAAAAAAUUAAUAAAAUGUAACGAUCGAUUUUUACCAAAUUUGAGAGCUCAAAUAUCAACAUAAUAUUGUGAAGUUUUUAUUAUAGUUAAUACCUAUACGUACAUAUUGGGCAUCCUUUUUGUUGUGAAUAAAUUAAAAUACGUUAAUAUCACGUAUAUAUAGAAAAAAAUACAACAGAAACUGUAUCUCAUAAUAUCACGUCGAUUUACGUGGUAAACUGAAAUGACAUUUAUCUCUUUUAACAGUAUUGUUUCUUCGUGGAAACUUGACAUGCUAUUCUGAAUGCAGGCCGAUACUUCAAAGAUUGGUGAUGUAACUUUAAUAGCUACCACUCAAGAUUGUAAAAGCAAGGAAAUACGUAGAAAUGAAUCGUUUUUGUAUUUGGUAUUUCGCGUAAAUAACUUUUUGUCAACAAUACGUAAUUUCGACGAAGUAUACUUUUUAAAAUAUAAAUCUAAAAUUUGCUAUCAAUGUGAUAUAUUCUGUUGAACAAAACAUAAAAUCGAGAUAGUUCUGCAUAAAUGUAUUUUUCGAUUGUUUUUCUACUUUUGUUUGGAAAAAUAAAGUCGAACGUACGAACUUGACUAUCGAUACGUGUUCAUUUUAUGUUUUUGCACUUGAAGUUUUCGAGUUGAUAACAGAAUUGUUGCAUUUGUCACGUCUACUUCGUGUAAUUAAGACAAUUUUAUGUUGACAAACAGUUAUUUACUUAAUUUACAAGAAUACGCCACUUUGAAUCUUGUGACAUUUUAAGACAAUUCGAAAGACGACUGACGUAUGGUAUGGCUGAAGUAGUAUUAUAUACAUGCUAGUAGAUUGUUUUUUAAAUAAAACACUGAGGUAAAUUAUUAUAGUGACAAUCAGUGAAGCGAACAAAGAAACUCUGAACGAAGAGAAAAUUUACAUUUAACAUGACAAGCCAAGAAAUGUAUUUUUCCUUAGUUAUUUUCUUCUUCUUGUUGUGUAAUUCGAGCGAUUGCAAUAUACAGAGGACUCACCUACUUACAUAAAAUCUUUGCUACUACAGAACAAUAAUGAUUCCUGAUAAUGGACAUGAAAAACCAUUACGAACGUGCGAAGCUAUUGUAUAUGUAUAAUAUAUUUAAUAACACUUUAUUAGUUGAUAUUAUCAUUAUUUUAUUAUUAUAUAUUAUUAUAUUAUAU